AUGUCAGUGGUUGGUUCAUUACCAAAUCUUGAAUUUCUUAUGCUGUGGUAUACUGCAGAGGGCACUGAGUGGAAUCCAGCUGAAGGGGAAUUUCUUCGACUAAAAGUUUUGUUUAUUUGGGGUAGUGAUUUAGUACAAUGGAGAGCUGAUCAAAACCAUUAUCCGAGGCUCGAGACUCUUGCAUUGUUUAACUUACCUACAUUGGAAGAAAUCCCUUCGGGUGUUGGAGAUAUACCGACACUGCGUGAAAUUUGUUUGGCCAAUUGCAGCAAGUCUGCUGUCGAUUCGGCUUACCUAAUAAUAGAGGAACAACAGAGCAUCGGAAAUGAUUUACUUAAGAUUGAGGUGUCUGAUACUGCUGAAAAUGAAGAUGAAGACACUGAUGACGAUGAAGAUGAAGACACAGAAAAAGAUCAAGAUCAAGGUGAUGAUUCUGAAGUCGAAGAAAAGAAAAAGAUGAAGAUGAUGAGCCUGCCUGAUGGCCUAAUGGCAGAAGAAGAUGAUGAUGAUGAUGAAAGGUAA